ACACACCCCAUUAAGCAAACACAAAGUUCGGUGGAGAGUUCCUUUGCUCUGUCUACAAAUUUCCAUCACUUCCUUCCUUCCUUCGAAAUCACACCUAUACAUACAGACACACAUACAAAAAUCUGUAUCUAUACACAAGUAACUAGACUCCUGAUUAAAUUAAAUUCACCUAACAAAAAUCAAGAAUUGUUUCCAUUUUGGACAUUUAUUUUUUCGAUCAAAAUGGACCCAAAUUCAUGGACUCGUUUAUCCACUUCAAAACGUUAUCAAUCUCGAUCAGACGCGUUUCAUUUCGUGGAAGAAAGUGAUGGUGAUGAGCAGAGGGCUGAAUACCUGUGCCCAUUUUGUGCAGAGGAUUUUGAUAUUGUUGGUCUUUGUUGUCAUAUUGAUGAAGAGCAUCCUGUUCAAGCAAAGAAUGGGGUAUGUCCAAUAUGUGCAAAAAGGGUGGGAACUGGUUUGGUCAGCCAUAUCACUAUGCAGCAUGGAAGUCUUCUAAAGAUUCAACGUAAGAGGAGAUUACGUAGAGGUGGAUCUAACUCUACCUUUUCUUAUUUAAAGAAAGAGUUACGAGACGGAAAUCUGCAGUCUCUCCUUGGAGGCUCUUCAUUCUCAAUCCCAUCAUCCACGAACACAGAGCCUGACCCAUUGUUAUUUUCCUUUAUGUACAAUGAUGUUGUUGAUACAUCGCAAGAUCAGACUGAUUCCCCCACCGCAACAUUAUUAACAGUUGAAGGCUCAAGUAAAGAUCUUUUGGCAAGGAGUGAAAAACAGCAGGGUGCUACACUUUCUGGUGAAGAUCAGGAGGAGAAGGCUCGGCAAAGUGAGUUUGUUCAAGGGUUGUUGAUGUCAACUUUUCUGAAUGAUGAUUUAUAAGCCACCUAACAUGACAAUAUCUACUAUCUAAGUAAAAUAUCGAGAAGAGAAGAGAGGUACCAUGUGAUGAGUUUGCGUUACUAGAUAUAUAUAUAUAUAUAUAUAUAUAUGUAAACUAAAGGAACGAAUAUCCCUUAAUGUAUUACAGUAUGAAUCUGCAUAUAAAAUAUAAAUGUAUAAGAUUAAUCCUAUAAAGAUGGGUGUGUAAUUUGCUUGGUA